AUGGAAACUGGAAGCUCGGCUUUCGAAAGUUUUGAAGAGUUGGAUCUGUCCUCAGAAUCUGGUAGUAUCUAUGAAUCUCAGACAAAAGCCAGAAAGCGAAGUAAACAGUCACUUCCGGCACCCCAGCCACCAAAGAGACCCAGGCGUAAUGCGGCAUUGAGAGUGACAUCCAGUACCAGUAGCAGCCCCAUCCCGGACCCUCCUGACCCCUCCCAGCAGCCAUCACCAUCCCAAGGGACAUCCAGAAAGCUGUCCUCUAGACGUGUGACGAGCGAGGACAGCCAGGGGAUCAGCGCGAAGGAUAUCUAUGAUGCUGUGUGCUCUGGAAAGAGUGCCAUGGUGACGGUGGUGGAGGAGUGGUUGUGCAGCUACAAACAGAGCCGAGAGGAAGGCUUGCUGGUGCUCAUCAACUUCAUUGUUCAGUCCUGCGGAUGCAAAGGUGUGGUGAGCAGAGAGAUGUAUGAAAGUAUGGAAAAUGCUGAAAUUAUCAGCACACUAACAAAGGAGUUCAAUGAGGAUUCUGUGAACUACCCACUGAUCACCUCUGGUUCUCAGUUUAAGCGUUUCAAAGCCGGUCUGUCCGAGUUUGUUCGGGUCCUGGUCCACUCGUGUCGCAAUAGUCUCGUUUACGACGAAUUUCUCUUCCCUUCCCUGCUGGCUCUGCUCACCGGUUUGUCUGACUCCCAGGUCAGAGCCUUCAGACACACCAGUACCUUACUAGCCAUGAAGCUGAUGACGGGGUUGGUGGACGUGGCCGUGGCUGUAUCGGUUCAGCUGCAGACCACACAGCGGCGAUGCGACAUCGAGAACAGCAAGAGUCCAUGUGACCGAGACUCAGGCCGACUGGAGGAACUGAAGACCGCCAUCAGAGAGCUGCAGGAGAACCGAGAAGAACUCUCAUUCAUGAUGAACUCCAUCUUCCGUGGCGUCUUUGUGCACCGCUACCGCGACCGACUGGCAGACAUUCGUGCGACGUGUAUUGAGGAGUUGGGACUUUGGCUGAAAACGGAUCCUGAUAACUUCCUCAAUGACAGAUGCUUGAAAUAUUUAGGAUGGACUUUGUAUGACAAGCAAAGUCCAGUGCGUCUGCAGUGUGUGCGUGCCCUGCAGGGUCUGUACCAGGAGAAGGAGUUCAUUGGCCGCCUGGAGCUUUUCACCAACAGAUUUAAAGAAAGGAUUCUCAGCAUGGUGCUGGACAAAGACCCAGACGUGGCAGUGGAAGUGGUCAAUCUGUUGCUGAUGAUCCAACACAGCACAGAAGACGACUUGAUGGAGGAGGAGUCCGGCCACAUCUACCCCCUGGUUUACGCUUUGCACCGAGGCCUGGCGUCUGCAGCCGGAGCCUUCCUCUGCCACAAGCUGAAACGUGUGAUUACUACUCAAAGCCAGGAUGACAAUGAUAAAAGCAACAAUGCAGCGUUUUUUCAAAUACUCAUCUCUUUCUACAUCCAGAGUGAGUUCCAUGAGCAUGGUGCGUACCUGGUGGACAGUCUGUGGACUGUGGCCGGCUCUGAGCUUAGAGACUGGGACACCAUGACGGCUUUACUGCUGCAGGAUUCUGGUCUGAUGUAUGAGGAGGAGGGGGCGCUCCUGGAGAUCAUGAUAUGUGCCAUCAGACAGGCAGCUGAGGCAACGCCACCAGCUGGGAGAAGUCAGGGCAAAAAGAUCCUGAGCAUGAAGUUGAGGAAGAUUCAGGAACAAGACAGGACUCGCAUUACCACACAUUUCAUCCCUGUACUCCCACAGCUGCUUUCCAAGUACUCAGCUGAUGCAGAGAAGACGAGCCUUCUCCUCAGAGCUCCUCUUUACUUUGAUCUGGACAUGUACAGCAACACUCAGUGGCUUGAAAAGCAUCUGGACCUGCUGCUGUCCCAGAUUUGCACCAUCAUUAAGAAGCAUACAGACGCUGCUGUGCUGCAGGCCUGCGCCCUGCUGGUCAGCACCCUCUGCUCAGAGAGCCACACAUUCUCCUCCCGUGCACACCUGGUUUUCGGUCAGCUGAUGGACGAGCUGACCGAGUGCUUCAACUCCUACCUGAGCGACUUACUGCAGGGUGCAGCAGAUGAGGAUGGAGUAUACAAUGCAGCUUCAGCCUUGAAAAGGAUUGCUGCCUUGUGCAGUGCCAAGGACCCGACUAGAUGGGAGCUGCUUGAUUCCUGCAUGGAGUUGCUGAAAAACAGGAUAGAAUCCUUGGAUUUUGACACUGAGCUCUUGGUCGCGGCUCUGAAGUGUGCAGCUUUUCACCUCAUGUGGGCAAAAUUGAAUGCAGUCAACCUGAAUCCAGCUGAGGGUGACUUAAAGCAUCUUAGGAAAGAGGUGCGUUUGUUUUGCAGAAUCUGCCAGACUUGUUUGUCUCUGGACCAGACUGAGAUAAGGGAUCAGGCAUUUGAGCUGCUGUGUGACCUGCUGCUGCUGUAUGGAGCAGUUUCUGUCCGCGGUGAGCCUGUCCUCCGCGCUCUGGUUCACCUGCCGUCCGACUCUCUGCGCGCUGAGUUGGCAUCUUUUCUCCUGGACUACGUCUUCAACGGCAGUGAAAAUAUCGAACUCGAUGAUGAAGAUUUGGAAAAGAAGGUGGCUCUUCUUCACAAGAAACGCAACCAGCUAGGUGGCUACUGUAAGCUGGUCCUCUACGGCGUCCUGGACCUGUCUGCUGCCACCAAUGUCUUCAAGCACUACAGCAAGUAUUUUAAAAACUUUGGUGACAUCAUAAAGGAGACGGUGAGCAAGAGCAAGCUCAUCAACCCCAUACAGAGCGCCAAGAUCGUGUGCCUCAGCCUGCAGCAGCUGUUCUCUGAGAUGCUUACGGAGAGCCACGACCAGCAGGAUUUCGCCGAGAUUAGAGAGUUGGCUCGAAAGCUGGCCAUGAGCUUUGGCGUCGAUCUGCAUCGUUCCCGCAAACAACUGGUGGCCCUGCACCUGGACGGGAUCCGCUUUGCAUUUCGUGUGCCGCAGGAAGGAGAGGAGUGCCCAAACCUGGCGUUCCUAGAAGUCCUCAGCGAGUUCAGCUUCAAGUUGCUUCCACAGGACUGCGCCCAGCUAGCCCAGUUUCUGAAAUCUGAGUGUCCCAGUGCUGCCCUCUCCUGGCCGUCAGUUGAACUGUAUCGCCGUUCUUUGGCGUCUCGCACCUCCAAGUACAAAGAUCCAGCUGAGGGAGGCAAAGCCGACUCCUCCCUUGACACACCUGUGACCAAACGCAAAAGGAUAACAGCUCAGGGUUCAGCGUCUAGCACUGCCAGAGGUUCACUGUUGGAGAGCAGCAGCAUCCAGAGCCACCUUCACACUCCUGCCCUCACUUCGACCGUCCUGAAACAGAGAACCAAGCGGGCGUUGGACAGUGGGAGCAUCCUGACUGAGCUGGAAUCGGAGGACGAGUUCUCCUGCGGGUCCAACAUGCGAAAGGUAAAGCCAACCAAACGUGGAAAAGCUUCUUCUGUGCAGACGUCUACACAGCAAGAAGAUCUGGAUUCUCACCUCAAUUUGCUUUCACUGAUUGAGGAUGACAUUUCAAAAAGGGCUGGGAGCGACAUUUCAGGAGAAGAGGAGCCUGAGAUAGAAGAUUACGAAAGUGACAAAGGAUCUGAAUUUACACUGCCAUCAACACAUCACACCUCGGCCAGCUUCCUUGAUGAGCUCUUUGACUGAGAGCUCAUCUGAGAGUUCAUCUCAGCAUUUCUGCAUGUUCUGAGUUUGCACCAAUCAUUUCUGUGACAAGAAGAAAAAAAAAACAUACAUUUUCCAAAAUUUGUUAAUCAUACCUGCUAAAGUUUGAUUCUGAUUACUAUUUUUACAAUUUAGAAAAAGUUCAGAGUACAUUUUUAGUUAGAUCACUGUCUGCCAACAGUAAGCUAAAAGUUUUCACCUAUUUUGUCGUUUCUGGCACUUCUUAGUUCAGCACUUUUGUUAAAUAAAAUGAUUAAUGUUA